AUGUGCAUCAACUCCUGUGUGGCAUUCACUGGUCCCUUUACCGACAAGGAAGCGUGUCCACUCGCUCGCUCUAACGGCCAGAGAAAGGUGCCUCAACGCCAGUUUCAUACUAUGCCACUCGGUCCUCAGCUUCAGGCUCUGGCUCGGUCACCAGAUGGAGCUAAAGAUCUUGGAUAUCUUGGGCGCCGUAUCGAUGAGGUUAUGGAGGAGAUUGGGCAGAAUGGGGGGAAGCUCCAGCUCUUCAACGAUUGGGUUUGUGGAGAGGCAAUCACCGACGCUUUCGAGGAGAAGCUUAUCGGUCCACACGACUUUGUUCUCAUGAUCUCCCUCGAUGGCGCUCAGCUCUACAGGAACAAGCAAUCCGACUGCUGGAUCUAUAUAUGGGUUGUCAUGAAUCACUCCCCAGACGUUCGAUACAAACGCAAACAUAUCCUCGUAGGCGCUGUCAUUCCAGGACCAAACAAGCCGGAAAACGUAGACUCAUAUCUUUUUCCUGGUAUCCGACAUGUCUCCGCCCUUCAGAAGCAAGGAUUGUCGGUUUGGAACGAGGGAGAGCGUUGGCAACAUGUGGAGUUCCGCACGUGGCCUUGA